AUGGUGGGGAUACACGAGGAACCUCAGCCUUCAACCCUCCUCCAGGGCCGAAGCGCGGAAACGCAAACAGAAAGCGCGAUGAACAUAUCAGUUAAUUGUUCCUUCUCACAACCGAGAGAUCUGAAAUGCCAAAGGAUCCAAACGACAAGUGAAGUUCGCGCGAUUGACUCUGUAUUGAAUGUGCAUGGAAGGGAACGGUCUGGUCAGGCUGUUUCACUCUUGGUCAUCGCAUGGGCUGUCCUCAUCAAAGGAUACAAUCUGUCUGAUUCACUGGAGCUCACAGUCAAUGCAAAUAACGAAUCCGAGUGGCGUAUCCCGUUUGAGCCACACCCCAAGUCCUCAGUGGAUUCAGUUGUACAUCAUAUGGCCGAAUGCCUUCAUCGUCCAAGUGGUGCAGCUCAGUCAGAUAUUCAGAGAAACGAGGAUAACCAAAGGCACUCAUUUGCGACACUGAGCAUUCUCAGUCCCCGGUAUCAGCCAGAGGAGCCAUCCCAAGAUGUUCGUCUUCAGUCUCAAGAAGCGCUCCGACUAUCAUGCUGGCUACAGACGGAAACGACGAUAAAGGCUCUUGUGCACUAUGACUCUUCAAAAUGUAUGGAUGAGCAAGCGCGACGACUAUUAAACCAGUACCAAGGUAUCUUACAGCAAGUUAUGCAAUUGCAACCUACCCAGCCCCUUCUCGAUAUGGACAUCAUUGGCGAGCAGGACAAAGCAUUGAUGAUGGAAUGGAAUUCAGCAAAUAUUGCGGUGUUCCGAGAACGACUACAUGAAUUAUUCCAAGCCAGAGCUGUUGAAAGUCCUCACAAAAGAGCAGCUGUUACGACUGAUGGUGAUCUCUCAUAUGGAAGAUUAGAUGAAUUAUCUACAAUUCUCGCCGCGAAGCUGAUUGAGCGCGGCAUUGGACGGGGUAAAAUUGUCCCCAUCUUGUUCGAGAAGUCUGUAUGGGCAAUAGUCAGCACACUCGGUGUCUUGAAAACGGGUGCAGCGAGUACUUUAAUAUGUGUGAGCCAUCCAGACUUGUAUAUUGCGAAAGUGGUAGAUCAAACUGGAUCCGCGUUACUGUUGACUUCAACAAGUCAAUACGAUCGGUUGGCACAUAUGAAAUUUCUCGAUCGAAUGAUUGUGUCAGAUAAAGCAUUGUGGUCAUUGCCUCGGCCAUCACCCAGCUGGCAGGUCCCACCAGGUAACUCUGAAGAUGUUGCAUGCGUCCUUUUCACCUCGGGUAGUACUGGACAUCCUAAGGGAGUCCCAUUGAGUCACCGUGCAAUUUGUUCGACAAUGAAUCAUCAUGGGCACGCAACGGGUAUACAUGAACCACCAAAAACUCUUCAAUUUUCGUCGUACGCUUUUGACAUGGCGGUUUAUGAAAUAUUCCAUGCUUUGGUGAGAGGAGGAACAGUCUAUACCCCUUCAGAGGAGGAAAGGCUCCAUGAUCUUCCUGCUUUCGUGAAAAAACACCAGACCACAUGGGCAUUCAUCACACCUACAGUACUGAGAGCGUAUACUCCGUCGGAUUUUCCUACAAUGGAAACAAUUGUGGUUGGCGGAGAGGCAGUCGGUCUCGAUCUUGUCGAAGCUUGGGGGAAUCGGUUAUAUAAUGGGUUUGGACCAGCCGAAGUCAGUAUUUGUGUGGCUACCCGGAUGAAUCCUCGAAGCUGGGUUGAUGGAACUAUCGGUCGCCCUGUAGGCUGUAUUGGAUGGAUCGUAAAUCCAAGCGACGUCAAUACCCUAACACCCAUUGGUGGUAUCGGGGAGCUCGUCGUUGAGGGGCCGAUUGUCGCUCACGGAUAUCUCAACGAGCCAGAGAAGACCCGACAAGCCUUCAUUUCAGCACCCAAGUGGAGAUCAAACUUUCCAAUCGACAGACGCGGUGAAUUUUUUAGAACUAGCGAUUUGGUUCAAUACAACAGUGAUGGGUCGAUGCGAUACCUGGGUCGAAGAGACAACGUGCGGAAAAUCAAUGGUCAGCGAGUGGAUAUCGAUAAUGUUGAGGUCACCUUGAGACAAAUGGAGCCAAAUUUGGACAUCUCUGUAGAUGUCAUGACUACGUCUGGUGAGAAACAACAGAAAGUCAUUGCUUUUGUUGCUAAGAGGGGUGGUUCAACGGAAGGGUUCGACUCCAGUGUGGGGCAUGACAGCAAUCCCCAUGCGAGCAUGAGAGUUUACGAGCGUGAAGAUCAAAUUCGAGAGGCAAUGAGCAGCCUCUUGCCACGUUACAUGAUACCAGCCUUCCUAAUAGAAUUACCAGCUCUACCAAGGACGGCCACCAGCAAGAUUGAUCGCAAACGCCUGACUUGCAUGCUUACCGCGCGACUCAACUCUGGUAGUAUCAAGCUUCUCAAGUCUACGAAGCUCAAUGGUAACCCUCAAAGAGCUGCACGGUCCACAGCCGAAAAGCAAGUUGCCUCUUUGGUUCAGCAGACUCUAGAGUUGGAGGUGACAGAUGUGGAUAUGGAUAGCGCCUUUGUCCAGUUGGGAGGAGACUCUUUGGCUGCGGUGAAGCUCGUGAGCUGCGCCCGGAAGAUUGGAAUUUCAUUCAAAACAACCGAUCUCCUGCGUCACGACCUGAAGAUAUGUGAUCUUGCUGGGAGGAUUGAGAAGUGGGAGGUUUUGCCUUCUGUCGACCGAAACUCUUCUUCCAUACGACCCUAUUCCAUGCUCCCGACUGACGAAGAUCAGCGCGCAGAGAUUUUGAAAGCAGUCCGAGAACAAUGCAAUGUGGACAAUAAUGCCAUCCAUGAUAUUUAUCCCUGCACACCUAUUCAAGAGGGCCUUUUCUCUGCGACCGCCAGUGCCUCUGGUGCCUAUAUUGAUCGUUUUAUGCUCACACUCUCUCCAGACGUCGACAAGUCGCGACUUUUGAGAGCCUGGAACACUGUCAUACAAUCUAGUGACAUCCUGAGGACACGGAUCAUUCAAACAUCCAUUGGUGUCUACCAAGUUAUCACAGACUACGAUGAGUUGCCAGUGCAAACAUACACUUCUACAGAGCACUAUCUUACUGUUGAUGUUACAAGGGAAAUGGGCCCUGGAUCCCCUCUGGUUUUCAUCAGUCUUAUUGUACCUAAUCCUGACUCGAUUGUCAAGAAUAAACGGCAGGCUCCGCCCAAAGCCCAGCUUGCAGUAACAAUUCACCAUGCAGUGUACGAUGGGUGGUCAUGGGAGAUGAUCCUCCAGGAUGCCGAGACCGCCUAUCGAGGUGACUCUCUUUCUCGCCAUUCGUUCUCAGGGUUUGUGCAAUUUCUUCAAGAUCGGGACAUUAAUGCCGAGAGAGAGUUUUGGCGCUCUUACUACCGCGAUCUUAACUCAGGCACAUUUCCUGAAGGUCUUACGAACGACCGCGCCCCUCAACCCAGCAUCCGGCUGGCCCAUCGUCACCAUUCCUCAUCAGCUGCCCAGCCAGAGAUAACAAGCCGUGAUUUGUCUUUGAAACGUGGAUCGACUGUAACUCCAUCCACUAGAGUCCAUCUGGCAUGGUCGAUCUUGAUCUCGUUGUACACUCAGUCUCCAGACGUGGUGUACGGAACCAUCAGCAAUGGACGGUUGUCAUCGCUACCCGGAAUCGAUAGCAUCGUGGGGCCAACAUUAAGCACCGUUCCCUUCCGGUACACGAUUGAUCAGUCCAUUUCUGUGGACGAGGCGCUGCUGAAAACACAAGCAAACAUGCAGUCAAUCCUUAGUUGGGAACAUGCCGGUUUGCAGUCUAUUGCUCGAGUCAGCCCUGAGGCGCGCACAGCGUGUGGCUUUCAAACCAUGGUCGUCAUUCAACCACAAAGAGCUCAAUUCAAGUCAGUUAUCUUCGAAUCAGUCAAAGAGCGACUGGGAGCAGAUGGAUUUAUUCCGGGCUACUCCGUGAUUCUGCUGUGUACUCCGGGAGAGACAACCCACAGUUGGGAUUUCGAGCUUCUACUUGAUGAGGACUUUGUUUCAGCAGCCCAGGGAGAGCGCCUUCUUCAUCAACUAAGCCAUAUUUUGUCCCAAGUUCAUGAGACUCAAUCUCUUCGCAUCAACCAGCUUGACCUCUUAUGUAUCGCCGACCAGGUCCAAUUAUGCGAGUGGAAUAUACCCCACCCCGCACGUCUGGAUCACACCAUACAUGGUCUUGUCAAGCUUCAAUGCCUUAUUCGUCCACAAGAGACCGCAGUUUGCGCCUGGGACGGAUCGUUUACUUAUGAUGAGAUUCAACAUCUCUCUGACAAAGGAGCAAAUUAUCUGCGGGGCACGGGUAUCGGCUCAGGGGCAAUCGUUCCGAUCUGCCUGGAACGGUCGAAGUGGGUCCCCAUUGCUUUGCUUUCCGUCAUGAAAACUGGAGCUGCAUUUGUUCUUCUAGACCGAGAUGCCUCCCAGGAUCGGAAUCAAGGAAUUUGCGCCACGGUGAGUGCAAAUUGGGUUCUUACCUCCAGCGUGUGUGUGGAAUACUGUGAGAAGUUCGCCAACAGCAUUCUCUUGUUCUCCGAUUUGAUCACACGGCCGCAUGCAAUCCAGCCAGCGUGUCCUGAAGCUGAUGUUGAUACCUCUCGCCAUGGUGAUCUUCUCUAUGUCGUUUUCACCUCCGGGUCAACAGGCAAGCCAAAGGGUGUGGAGAUUGAACAUGGCUCCUACUGCUCUGCCAUGAUCUCACAGCGAGAGAAACUCCAUAUUCGUGCCGGUACCCGAGUAUUACAACUAUCAUCAUAUGCCUUUGACUCUUUCGCAGUUGAGAUUCUUACCACAUUAUGUGGUGGUGGUUGCGUGUGCAUCCCGUCGACUGAGCAGUUGGCAGGCGGCAUUGGUCCAGCCAUCCGACAAUACCAAGCUGAAUGGAUGUGCGCUACUCCAUCUAUGCUUCGUCUGAUUGCUCCUAGUGAUGUUCCGACUCUGAAAACUGUGGUUGCCGUGGGCGAGACUAUGCUGCCAACCCAGCUUGCGAUAUGGACUCCAUCGGUGACGUUAAUGUGUGGUUAUGGACCCUCUGAAUGUUGCACUGGAGCCACCGUUCAUAUCAUUGAACAUGUUUCUGUGGACCCUCGGAACAUUGGAUCAGGCAUGGGAUGCACCCCAUGGGUGGUGGACCAGAAUGAUCAUAACCGAUUGAUGCCUAUUGGAGCUGUUGGUGAGUUGGUGCUGCAAGGUCGCAUUGUUGGUCGCGGCUAUCUCCAUGAGCCGGAGAAGACUCGAGCUGUCUAUCUUGAGCACACCGAGUGGUCUACUACCAUGGACUCAUCCUCGGGAGACCGUCUGUACAAGACUGGUGACUUAGUACGAUUCAAUCCUGAUGGUACAUGUCUUUUCCUUGGUCGCAAGGACUACCAGGUAAAACUGCGCGGGCAGCGGCUCAAUCUGAUGGAUGUCGAACAUCACCUAGCUGAAGCUCUUGGAUCUCAGGUCAACGAGUUGAUUGCAGAUGUCAUCAAACCAGGAUCAGGCGAAGGUCAAGGCGAUUCUCAUCCUUUACUUGUGGCAAUGAUUCAGACAUCUGAUGAGGGCAUGUUCGAUACAUCUACGGAGGUUCAUGGCAUCGAAAACUCUCUGUUCGUUCCUCCUAGCACUCUCUUUGCACAGCUCGUUACUCAGAUUGAGCGACAACUCUCAUUAUUGGUUCCGGCCGUCAUGAUCCCUUCACUCUGGCUUAUUGCCCGUCGAAUGCCGCUCACCAUAUCUGGUAAGGUCGACCGACGACAAGUUCGAACAGCGGCUGCAUCUUUGACUUCCGCUACUCUCGUCACUCUGGGUUGCACUGGUGCCGAUUCUAGUGAUGUGCCAUUAGCAGCUACGGAGACAACUGCAUUAAAGGUUUCUGAAGUUGUGGCUGAAGUUCUUCAUUCACGAUUGAAAUUGGACAGAGAGCUUGUUGUGGGGAAGAAUGUCACGCUAUCUCGAAUUGGUCUGGAUUCUAUUGACAUGAUGUCUAUCUCUCAAGCUAUCUCUACUCAUUUCAACGUCCGCCUGCCUAUGACUAUGCUUUUUCGUUCCGGCCUUAGUGUUCGCGAUGUGGCCCUCAUGGUGACUGGAUCACCUGCUACAAAAUGCCCUGAGAGAGAACCUCCGCAGACGAUAGACCUCUGGAAUGAGUAUCAACUUUUACGGGAGAGGAUAAGAAGCAUAUGCGUGCAGUCCCGAAAGCCAGUGCACACAAUUGAUCAGGUUUCACCCCCUGAUGGUGGCCAACCGCGACUGGGCCGUGUUCUCUUGACUGGUGGCACCGGCUUCCUGGGGACCCAGAUCCUGAAAUCACUUUUGGAAGAUCCCCGAGUACAAUCAGUUACAGUACUUGUUCGUGCGGAUUCAGACAGGAUUGCGAUGCGACGCAUUGUGGAAACAGCUCAUGGUGCGGGCUGGUGGCGGGAAUCGUAUCGACAUCGUCUUUGCGCGUGGCGGGGAUGCUUGUCCAAGUCUUGUUUAGGACUUUCCGACUCUCGAUGGAGAAUACUAUCCGGUCUCGAGCGACCAGAGGAUGGAUUUGACAUUGUGAUUCACAAUGGUGCCCGGGUUCAUUGGGGUCAAGAUUAUCACACACUUCAAUCUGUUAACACAGGAAGCACCAUCGAGCUUAUUAGUGGCCUGGCACAACUAGCUCAUCCCGUGGCAUUCACUUAUAUCUCAGCUCUGCAGCCCAGUUUACCGGCAGGAGAUGAUGACCGCAGUAUGGCCAAGGUCCUUUCCAGCUCUGAUGGAUACAGUCAAACCAAGUUCAUGUCCGAACUUGCCAUCAAAGAAUUCCAACGACACUCUGUCUGCAAGAAUCUUCAUUUCAACAUUGUUCGCCCCGGAUGGAUCAUUGGAUCCACUGAGAACGGCCUUGCUAAUGUUGCAGACUACCUCUGGCGUGUCGUGGGCUCCGCAGUAACAACUGGAUCCUUUAAUAGCGAAGAGGAUGCCGAUUCGUGGAUAUACAUUUCUCCUGUUGAUCUUGUUGCGGGUCUCAUUACUAGUCGUACUCUCGAUAUGGAUGCACCACGAAGUACAGCGGGUGGCCAUCCAGACAGUCCUCAAUCUCUCCAUGUUACGUCUAUCACAGACGGACUUGCUGCUCCAGAUUUCUGGCAUGCCGUCUCUACAGCUUGCCACCAGAUAUUCGGAAGUCCUCUCCAGCCCUGUCAAGGUAUUAACUGGUUACAUCGGAUCAAAGGCAGCAUGAUGGCCACUGGAGGCGAUCACUUGUUGUGGCCAGUAUUUGAGUUCCUUGAGUCCGACAACGGUCGCCUGGGCUCCUCUCGUAAUAAUCCCAUCAAUCUCCCUGCCACACUUCGAAGUCUCUUAUUCCGCUCGGUUAUUAAGAAUGUCCAACACAUUUGCUCUACCGGAUCAGUCGAUAUGGAGACUGGGCGACUAAUGCCUACGCAGUCCAAUCUCUUCCGUCGGACUGUGAACUAG